AAUCCUUUCAGGUGUAGACCUAUAUAAAACAUUGGGGAUUAUAGGUGCACAGAAACCUCAAAUCUUUCCUGCUGCAUAAGGGGGAACAAUUAACUUCUUGGAGUCGUGGAAAAGCUGAAGGGAAGGAGCAAUUCUUUCCUCCCAGCAGGCUCCGGUUAUGGACGUGUGUCUGAGCUCCGUGCAGCAGUCCGGGCGCUUGGGGGGAGAACUGAGCUCCCCAGCUGGCUGGUUGGAGACCAAGAAGGAGGGGGCUCCCCAGAAAGAUGGCACCGGGGGACCCCCAGGAGAUUCUAACAAGAUAGAACCAACUCUUCAUAGCCUCCAGAAAUUUGUUCCUACAGAUUACGCCAGCUACACUCAGGAGUAUUAUCAGUUUGCUGGCAAGAAGAUAGUCAUUCAAGAAUCCAUAGAGAGUUAUGGAGCAGUGGUGUGGCCAGGGGCCACAGCUUUGUGUCACUAUUUGGAAGAACAUACAGAUGAACUGAAUCUCCAAGAUGCUAAAAUACUUGAAAUUGGCGCUGGACCAGGCCUUGUUUCCAUCGUGGCCAGUAUUUUAGGAGCUCAAGUCACAGCAACUGAUCUGCCUGAUGUCUUAGGAAACCUUCAAUACAAUCUUUUAAAAAACACACUGAAAUGUACAACACAUCUGCCUGAAGUGAAAGAACUGGUAUGGGGGGAAGACCUGGAACAAAACUUCCCCAAGUCAACUUUUUAUUAUGAUUAUAUUCUGGCCUCGGAUGUGGUCUACCACCAUUACUUCCUGGACAAGCUGCUCACCACCAUGGUGUACUUUUCCCAGCCAGGGACUGUGCUCCUUUGGGCAAACAAGUUCAGAUUCAGCACAGAUUAUGAAUUUUUGGAUAAAUUCAAUCAAGCUUUUGAUACAACACUCUUGGCUGAAUAUCCAGAGUCAUCUAUCAAACUUUUUAAGGGGAUACUAAAAUGGGACUAAAUCAAACAAAAUGCCGUCCAAAAUAUUAGUGUGUCUUUUGAGCUGUUAGAAACUGCAUUAGCAAUUAAUGACUUCUUUUAUAAGACUGAGACAGUAGUGUAUAAGAAAUGCAUUGUAUACCUAGAACAAAUGUAAUUUAAUAGUGCAGAUAUUUUCUAAAAUAAGAUUACCUGGUUAAUCUAAAUAUAUACAAGGGAUAACAUGAAAACACAAAAGUAGCUUUGUUGACAUCCAAAAGUCUCAAUUACGUUUAAUAAAUUUUACACAAAUAAA